AUGGGACACAGCAACAAUCGGGGAAGGAAGAGGAAAAACGGGGACACCAAGCGCCCCGUCCGCCACGGCCGUAGUCUUCGGCUGCCGGUCCGCGGCCGGCCGGGGGCGCUGGGACCGUGUACGGGCGGCCUGGGGAGCCGGGGCCUCGCGGACCGCGACGAAGGCGGAGCCCGGACCCGGCUAGGGAGGCGCGCGGAGAGCCCACCUCCCUCCCCCGACUGCCGGGUAAACAAGGCCGCGACCCGCACUUCUCACCUACCGGGAGCCGCGGCCUCGCGGCCGCUGAGCCCGGGCGGGCCAGACCGGGUCGGUCUGAGCCAGAGGGAUCGGACCCAGGCGCGGCGGCGGCGGAAACGGCAGGCCGACGCCGGUCAAGCCCGCGCUGCUUCCUCCGGCGGAGCCGUCUCCGCCGCUCCGGAAGCGCUCAGCGCGGUUACGUCACUUCCGGCCCGGGGUCGACCCGCGGUCGCAGGGGUCGCGGCCGACGCUAGGUAAUAGUGCCCUUGGGUCGGCGCUUGUGUGUACCCCAGCGCUCGGUCCCAAAAUCUGACCAGGGCACGGCCAGCGCUGAGGGUUGCAGGAAGCAGCGUUCGCCUACCAACGCCGCCCGCCGCGAUAUUUCUAAGCAGGGUUUUUCUGAUAGACUCCGCAUUUCACUGUUUGUAUUCUGGUGUCGGACAUGGGGAAGACAUCCUGACGUCCGUGGAGUGGAUAAAGGACGGUUGCUAGACGAAGGAGAGCACGGCCUUUGGGUCGGCGCGCGGGGUGAAUUCCGCCUAUGCCCUGAGGCUAUCUCCUGGUGGCCCCAGACUCGCAACCUCGCCAGGCUUUCAUUUCCCUCUCCGCCCGACUCACCGCCCACUUCUUCGGCUUCCCAUCACCAUACAAGGCUGAAUCUUAACUGCCUUGCUGCCCAGUUUUUUCAAACAGUAUAGGAAGUGUCAAUCAUGACUUCUAGUAUACCUUCUGUGUCCUGUCGUUAGGCGUUAUGGAUAGGUUAGAGCCAUGGAGGGUCACUGAAGUUGCUGCUACACAAAUAGAAACGCCAGUGUGAAGCCGCUGAUGCUAGGGAGCGUCUUGGGCCGUGCAAGUACGUAGAUAACCCAAAAGAUUUCCAUCCAUACCCGAGUCGAGUCGUGUAUGCACUGAUAUUCGAGUUCUACGUGUAACGGGCUCUCUUAUUUAGUGCUUGCUGCUUGUAUGUACGCGUAUAUUUCUUAUCCAUGAGUUGAAACUCACUUCCAGUUUAACUCAGAACAUGUGUCUAAAUCAGAUACAAUUAAAUACUAAAAAACUCCAAAUUAAUUUGGAGUGAAAAUGAAUAGUGAUGAGUAAGAUACUGUAGGGUUAUGAAUUUUGUAUAUUAGCAACAUAAAAGUCUACUAUAAUCCAGUGUGCCUUAAUAACAUUUGUUUUGAGAAAACAUAUCCCUUUAAAUUAUGAUACUAGCAAUGAACCCAAAUUAUAUUUUCUGCAUUUGAAAUGUCACUUAGAAGCUCUUACUCUGGGUUACUGGUAAUAAAUUAUCUCUAGUGAACAAAAGGGAAAACAGUCUUUCUGUGGAGUUAUUGUGUUUAGGUGUCAAGCACAAAGCUGCACGUACAAUAUAUUGGAAUCCUAUGUAUUAUCCUUAUUUGUCGACUUGUCUUUCCCCUGAUGGUGAGUUUUUUAAGAGCACUGAUCCAACCUUAUUUUCAAUAUUACUCCAUUAAAUAAACAUUUAUUGGGCUGACGAUAACAUUUUUAAAUAGUAGCAGUCUCUCCCCAGGAAAUAAAGAUUUAAAAAUUAAGCCGAAACAUUUAAGGAUAUGCAUAAAAAUUUGUGCACAUACGUGUGUUUUGGAAUGGUGUUUCUAAUAGUAAAAAGUUUGUAGCAUCUCAAGUGUCCAAAAGUGAGGAUUUGUUAAAUUAUGGUAAAAUAUACAAUAAAGAAGGCCAUAAUAAUGAUGCUAUACAAAGGCAGCUAUUGACAAGGAAAGGUAUUUGUGAUAUACUCUUAAGUGAUAAGAAUAAGAUGUGAAA